GGCAACAUUUUGAUUGCAACAAAUUACUGCCUAUGUAGCAACUGAUUCGUAAGAAGGUUCGAACAACAUAGAAGGAAAAUGCCUUGUUUUGGUUCUGUUCAAACUUACAAAGGACAGAACUAUGAAAAACUCAAGAAAGAAGCCAAGGACAAGGGAGCUUUGUUUAUAGACCUGGAGUUUCCACCAGACGAUCGCUCGCUGUUCUAUUCCCAGGCAAAACUUGCUAAUGUGGUCUGGAAGAGGCCUAAACAAAUUUGUGAAAACCCAAAGUUUUUUGUUGAGGGAACUAGUUCUGGUGAUGUUAAGCAGGGUCGCCUAGGAAACUGUUGGUUUGUGGCUGCUUCAUCCUGUCUGGCUAUUCACAAGGACAUCUGGCAUAAAGUGAUACCAGAUGCUGAGGAGCAAGAAUGGGAUGAGAAUAAGCCAGACAACUACCAGGGAAUCUUCCAUUUUCGGUUCUGGCGAUAUGGGAAGUGGACUGAUGUUGUCAUUGACGACUUCCUGCCCACUAUCAAUGAUGAACUCAUCUAUAUUCACUCUCAAACCAAAAAUGAGUUCUGGAGUGCUUUACUGGAGAAAGCUUAUGCAAAGUUAUUUGGAUGCUAUGAGGCCCUGGAUGGGGGGGAGUUAAAUGAGGCUUUGGAGGAUUUUACGGGAGGAGUGUCGGUCACUCUGGACAUGGUUAAAAUGAACUUAGCUAAUGACGCACAAGAGAGAGCCACGCUGUUUGCCCGGAUGCAGAAGGAAGCAGGCAGAAAAGCAUUAAUGGCAGCAUCAAUUCCUGCAGAGUCCUCAGAAGAAAUGGAGGCUGCAACAGAAACUGGUCUGGUCAAAGGUCAUGCCUAUGGGGUCACAGCUGUCAAAAAUGUUCCUCUGGAGGGUUCUGGACUCUUCAGCUUUUUCAAGACAGAGAAAAUUGCCAUGAUUCGUCUGCGGAAUCCUUGGGGACAAGGAGAAUGGAAUGGGGCUUUCAGUGAUGGGUCACCUGAAUGGCAGAAGAUUUCAAAAGAUGACAGAGAUAAAAUUGGCCUUACUUUUGAAGAGGAUGGAGAAUUUUGGAUGACAUUUGAUGACUAUUGCAAGUACUUUGUACAGACAGCCAUUUGUCGAGUUGUCAAUACCUCUAUGUUUUCACUAAGUAAAACCUGGCAUGAGGGACUAGCCCACGGGGCGUGGAAAACUCCAGGGAGAGCUGGGGGCUGCAUUAAUCAUAAGGAAACAUUCACCAAGAAUCCACAGUUUCGUUUUGAUAUCACAGAGGAUGACGAUGAGCCAUUGUUUCACUUGCUACAGAAAACUAGCCGGACAGCUACAGGAGAUCAGGAGAAAACUAUUGGAUUCUCUAUUUUUAAGGUUGAGAAAAAUAGAAGAUGCAGGAUUCAUAAUCACACCAAGCAGACUUUUAUGGAAUCCAGUGCCUUCAAAAACAGCAGGUCAAUAUUUCUACAGCCAGCCCUCAAAGCAGGGCGCUAUGUGGCUAUCGUCUGCACAUUUGACCCAAAUAUUGAGGGGGAGUUCCUCUUUAGGAUGUACUCUAGUUCAGCCAAUAAUUUCCAGGAGUUGACUUUAGAUAAGCCUGGAAAGGGAUGUCUGAAUUACUGCUGUUGCUGCUGUUUUGGAGGUGGAGCGAGACUUGUGACCCAGAUCCAGAUACUAAAGGCAGAGGGGCUGGAGAGACAGGAUGUGGCUUCAGGAGCUGAUCCAUACUGCAUUAUAUCAUGCGAGAGAGAAAAAGUUCGGACUCGGACUGUAGAUGACACAAUAAAUCCUGAGUGGAAUGAGUCAGCUAUUUUCUACAGGAGAAAUAUGAGGAAACCCAUUAAGAUUCAGAUUUGGAAUAGCAAUGUCAUCAGAGACUCGUACCUAGGAAAGCAUGUGUUCACAAGUACUGCUGAUUUCAAUGACAACAUCCAGUCUCUUGAACUUGUGGGGAGGGGUAAAAAUGGAGAGAAGAAACCAGGAAAAUUAGUCAUCAAGAUCACCCAAAGCAGGAACCUUUUAGCUGUGUAAUGUCUAAUGUUAAGUCAAAUGAAAGAACAUUUUAGUUUUGCACCUCUCCUAUGCUUAAUGAAGUGGUGAGGAAGCUGUGUACUGUAUGGGGAAAAAUAUAUUAAGGUCAAGGAGUAAAUUUUUCACUACAUUUGCAAUCUCUACAAAGCCAGAAAUUCAAGACAUAGAAAAUAAUUUAUAUUUCAAAGGGGUAUUAUUUACACAGUUUAGACAAAAUUCAAACAUCCAUGAUGACUUAAGGAAAAUUAUUGUGAAGUCGCUAAUUUUCAUGGGAAUAAAAAAUUGAAAUGUCAUUUUUUUUCAUGAAGAAAUGAAAAAAUUCAUGUCAUGCAGGACAUGUUAAAAUUUUAAAUCAAGGGAACGCUUCUUCAGCCACAAAAUUAAAACUCUAUGAACCAAUAAUUUUUCCCAAAUCACAAGAAUUUGACAACCCCCCCACCCCCCCCCCAAAUGAUUUUGCAGUAAGUGAAAAUAUAGAUUUUCAAAUUUUACCCCUAAUAUUGAAUAUGAAUGCUCAUUGGGAAACCUUGCCUUAACUCAUUUCAAAUUAAAUAGAAAGUAUAUUUUUUUUUGCUUAUGAGCAAGAUAAAUUAAGUCAAAGAGAAACAUUUGUAUGAUUUAAAAGAAAGGGAUUUUAUAUUUUUAUAAACAUUUCACAAGGACCUUGUGCUUGUAUAUAGGAUUUUGCAAUUGAAUGAUAUAUUAUUUGAAUUAGUGUUGUUGAAAUGCAGUUGUUGAGUAUUUUUUCAAAUAUGGAAUGGAUUCAAAGCUGUUUUGAAAUCAUGAGGUCAACUUUAAAAAAGUUGACAAAAUUAGAUUUUAAGUUAUAAUUGUCCAAGCUGUUUUAAAAUCAUAAGAUCAACUUCAGAAAAAGUUGACAAAUUUAAACAAUAGGUUAUAUUUUUUUUUAGUUUCCACUUAGCAAAUUUCCUGACUUUUUCAAAGAACAUUGUUAAAUACUAGCAGACCAUUGCCAUUUUUCUGAUGUACAGAUAUUGUCAAACUUUCAACCUUUUUGAUAUAACCACCUUUACAGUACAUUAUGUAUUUGCUUUGAACAGGUUUUAAGUAAAUAUCUAAUAUAUUACAACUAUUAUACCCACUUAUGAUAUACCGGUAAAGUCAGCACAAUUCAUAAGAGGGACUAUGUUUUUUUGCUAAAACCAUGAUUUGAUACAAGCGAUUAGACUUUUAUUAGCUCACCUGAGCCGAAGGCUCAAGUGAGCUUUUCUGAUCACAUUUUGUCCGUCGUCCGUCCGUCCGUCUGUCCGUCUGUCUGUCUGUCUGUCCGUCCGUCUGUAAACUUUUCACAUUUUUGACUUCUUCUCAAGAACCACUGGGCCAAUUUUGACCAAACUUGGUACAAAGCAUCCUUGGGUGAAGGGGAAUUUAAAUUGUUAAAAUGAAGGGCCAAGUCCCCUCACAAGGGGAGAUAAUCAAGAGAAGACAAAAAUAGGGUGGGGUCAUUAAAAAAUCUUCUUCUCAAGAACCACAGGGCCAGUAAAGCUGAAACUUAUAUGGAAGCAUCCUGGGGUAGUGUAGAUUCUAAAUUGUUCAAAUCAUGACCCCCGGGGGUAGGGCGGGGCCACAAUAGGGAAUCAAUGUUUUACAUAGAAAUAUAUAGGAAAAAUCUUUAAAAAUCUUCUUCUCAAGAACCACUGGGCCAGAAAAGCUGAAACUUAUGUGGAAGCAUCCUGGGGUAGUGUAGAUUCUAAAUUGUAAAAAUCAUGACCCCCGGGGGUAGGGCGGGGCCACAAUAGGGAAUCCAAGUUUUACAUUGAAAUAUAUAGGAAAAAUCUUUAAAAAUCUUCUUCUCAAGAACCACUGGGCCAGAAAAGCUGAAACUUAUGUGGAAGCAUCCUGGGAUAGUGUAGAUUCUAAAUUGUUCAAAUCAUGACCCCCGGGGGAAGGGCGGGGCCACAAUAGGGAAUCCAAGUUUUACAUUGAAAUAUAUAGGAAAAAUCUUUAAAAAUCUUCUUCUCAAGAACCACUGGGCCAGAAAAACUGAAACUUAUGUGGAAGCAUCCUGGGGUAGUGUAGAUUCUAAAUUGUUCAAAUCAUGACCCCGGGGGUAGGGCGGGGCCACAAUAGGAAAUACAAGUUUUACAUUGAAAUAUAUAGGAAAAAUCUUUAAAAAACUUCUUCUCAAGAACCACUGGGCCAGAAAAGCUGAAACUUAUGUGGAAGCAUCCUGGGGUAGUGUAGAUUCUAAAUUGUUUAAAUCAUGACAUCCGGGGGUAGGGCGGGGCCACAAUAGGGAAUCC